GCAAGAGCGUGAUGACGACAGCAUUCAUAGCAACCAGCAUGGCGACGGAGAAGCUUUGCUCCGCCGCCCAUCUGUUCAUAAGCUAGUUUUAGGCUGUUACCUUUACGUUACUCCAUUCUCUUUCAACUUAAACAUGUUUACAGUUACACACACGGUUGUUUCUGGAUCGAUUCAAGAUCUCCCGUUGCUGCUAAAGAAUAUUUUUGUGGAAAAUGGGGUACGAUGAGGAUAAUAAUACCAUGGAAUCGAGAAUAGGGAGUGUAUCAUCUGGAUCGGGGUGCAGCCUUGGUGGGAAAGGACAGAAUUUAAAAACCAGCCCUUUCUGCACUCGCUCCUCCAGCAAAUUGACGCAGUCCCUCGUUAGAGACCACAUGGUGUCUCAUUACAAAAAGGUUUACUCAGCUAAAGCUGCCAUCGAUGCCUCAGUACCCAAAAGCUUGAUACACAGUGUAAAGUACAAUGACCAGAUCAGACAGGAGCGUUUGAGGAAAGGUGGUCGUCCUCAGUCGGCCCAUUCUCUCUCACAGAGGAAUAGCAGAGCCUCCUGCUCUUCGGCCCAGAGUAGAUUAUCUGUGCAAUAUGAUGACAGCCCCUACCUCUGCUCAAGGAGUUCCACGGUUUCCAGCCCAAGGUUCCUCUCCUCCUUUAAUGCCAAGGACAUAGUUUAUCCAUCGUUUAAAGUUGGCUCUCAGAACCAGUCUCAUCACGUUCGCCCAGCAUCAGAAAGGAAAUACCGCAGCCCCGAGGCAACUUCGCACAGAAAGCAGUCAGUGUGUUCACUGGGAGCUUCAGGAGAUCAGAGUUACAAGACUUUCCAAGACCCUGUCCAGAAAACGUACAGUGGAGAUUUGCUCCACAAACAUUCACAGCACUUUACCCAUGACAAACCUUUUACCCCCAAGACCCUGAAAUCAGAAAAGAGUUCGUACCUUUCGCAAUAUCGCUACUACAGAGCCCCAAGGCGUAAACCCACUCAGGACAGCACCAACUCGAGAUUGAUGCGACAGGAAACCUAUCAUGGAAGCACUACAACCAUACAGGACAUUCUUGAGCCAUCUCAGGGAUUUAAUACAGAGCAUGAGUUGUCUGAAUAUGAGUUCAAUGGCACAUAUUUGUCUGCAUCUAGUCAACGGAAUAAAGCAAACAGGAGCACAGAACUUGAUGUAUAUGCCUCUUCGUCCAGGUUCUCACCAGAGGGCGAGAAAUCCCCCUUUAUGAAGACCGUAUCUGCAGAGGAAGAAGAACUAAUGUACCUUGAAUUCAUUUCUGCUGUAACUGAGGACAUAUUGUCCAGGGAGCACAUCUCUGACAGGUUCCUGGACCGGGUGAUAGAUCGGCAUAUUGACAUGAAUCGGCAUCAGCUUGAUGUGGGUAAAAUGCGCCACCUUUUGGAAAUACUGCGUAAAGAUUUUGAAGAGCCAACCAACACACCCACCUCCAGUACUGAGUUUGAAAAAACGGAGAAUGCUCUUUUUGAUUCAUUCCGACCAAUUCUGGAAUCCGGGGGGAAACAAUUGAAGACCAAAAAGGACAGUAAAUUGUUCCAAUAUAGUUCCAUAAUUGAAUACUGUGAUUCACCAGACUUUGCUGUUCCCCUAUCGGUGUCUACACCUUUGUUCUCUCCUGAAACAAUUUCUGCCUCGCCAUUUAAAGUGGAUGAAGAGGAAAGAGUAGAUGAUCAUGAUCAUGAGAAGAGCAUCGGCACUCUUUGGCUCAGGGAGAAGCUUCCUGGCAAUAUAGGAAUUGGUGAAAACAACCAUCAGAAUCAAGAUGGCACAACUGAGACAAACGAAGGCGUCAACCAUGAAAACAACACUGUGACCAGUCAAGAAGGAAUUCAUCAAGAGCAAGCAGGCGUCAGUCAGGAUGGACAAUCUGAAGAGCUUGAAGAGCUGGGGAGGAGUUUGUCACUGUCUCUUCACGUGUCCAGCAAUGAACACUCCAACAAUGUGGAGACGCCCCCUGACCAACAUCCAGAUACAGUUGCCUCUGCCAGUGAUGAGGAUGAAUUUUGAGCUUUUCUGUACUCCGAGAUUGAAAGUCCUUUAGUGAGUUUUUUCUUUUUUUUAGAGAGAAUAGUAUUGAAAGUUGAACGGGUAGGUUAGUGAAGAGGAUUUAACACAAGCUGUGUUUUCCAUGUUGUAAAAUCCCCACCAAUAUGGAGUUAGUUCUAAUGCUCUGCAUAUUUUCCAAAUUGAUUAGUAUGAUUCUAAAGUUUGCAAAGGAUAGUCCAUAGUGCUACACUGAUGUGAGUGACAUGGUGGAAAUAGUGUUAUCCUUUAGUUUGAGCGAUUUCAGAAAGUAUGCAGAGUUCAUCUUAAGUAUGAUGCAGCUGCCAUUUACAUUUCCAGAUUUAUAGAUGAAAAUACUUUAGCUUGCAUUUUUCAGUUUGUUUGACAUAUGCCUCUGAGAUCAAGCGACUAGGAGUUAACUGUCACCAGAAAGUGUCUUUACAAUUGCAAUAAAAGUUAUAUUCUUUGAC